AUGUCACCGUUGCUUCAACUGCUCGCUGUCUCUACGCUGGUCGGUACAGCCUAUGGCUCGACCUUUCGCGUCUUCGACAACACAGCCUACACCAACACGUCCAUUGGUCAUGGCAGCACAAACAUCAACUGGAUUCCUGCCUACGUGUGCAAUCCUCUGACCAAAGGAGGCGUCCUCCCAUCAGCCGAUGAAUGGAAAAGCAUUGUACGCGAGUGGAAUAUACAUCCAAGUUAUCCGCUUGUGCUCGAUUGUGAAGACCUGUACUUCACUUCCACCUCUACGGCAGAUCUCUACCUUGAGAUCAUGUCUACAUUGCAGACCUGGGCGGCCGACGUCAUCCCCGCUGACCAGAUAAUCGGCUGGUACGGACUGUCUGGCAAUACCAUCCCAUCACUGUACCCACAUUACCGCAGCCUCAUCGCCAACCACAGUAAUCACGCGUUUUUCCCGUCCGCCUACACAUUCAGUGACAGCUUGUCAACGUGGCAGAGCUCGCUGAGCUCGGUGGUUGCCAAGAUCCAGGCGAUUAAUAGCUCUUUGCCGAGAUGGCCGUACACCUGGCCCCAAUACCAUGGCAAUUACUCUUUCAUCCCGGGAGCCCUAUGGGAGAGUGAAUUGGAGGCCCUUGCGGCUAACGAAGAUAUUGAUGGAUUUGUUAUCUGGGGCGGGAAGAACCACGCCGUUUGUAAUGAUGCGUGUCAGGAAGUUGCAGGACAGGAACCUUGGCUUAAUAUCACGCGAACUUAUCUGGAUAGCCUCUAUGGGAUCUAUGGGAGAGAGGCUGAGAAGACUGGAGCGCAGCUCUAUAAUUGA